AUCAUGAUGCGCCUCUCGCCCGCGUUCAUCACCCUCGCGGCUGCGCUGUGCGCGCCCCUCGCGCACGCACAGCUGAGCACGCAGAACCUCGUCAGCCCCGCCGCGACAUCCGGCGCGCUCACGGGGCUCAAGUACACGAGCGUCGGCGCGACGGGCUCGUACAACCAGGUCACGAACAUGGUCCCCGGCACGUUCCCGACGUGCACGGUCAACCCGUCGUGCGUCACGCAGCCGAAGCAGAUCAGCGGGAACCUGGCGCCGUUCGACGAGGAGAUGACGUUCAACUUCCGCGGGCCGCUGAACCUGGACAACAUCGCGGUGUACCAGCCGGACGGCGCGAACGCGACUGCGUGGACGCAGGUCAGCGCGUGGGCCGCGGGGCAGGCCCCGACGAACCUCGUGUUCAUGAACAACCUCGGUGGCGAGAAGAGUGGCGAGUUCUCGAUUUGCGGCGGGAACAGCCAGUCGUUCGCGAACGGCGCGUGGACGGACGCGACGACCGCUUCGAAUGCGGAGAUCGCGAAGGGCUUCCUCGACGAGGACCAUGAGAUCAACAUCAUGACCGCACAAACAUGCGCAGACAGCCCCUGCGACGGCUUCGCGCGCGGCACCGCGAACCACGGCUGGGCGGCCUCCAAGAUGCUCGUCGUGACCUUCAACAUGCCCCCCUCCACCGACGCGUCCAAAGUGCCCGCCAUCUGGGCAUUGAACGCGCAGGUCGUGCGCUCCGCCGAGUACGGCUGCAACUGCCGCGGGGUCGGCAGCCCGGGCGGGUGUGGGGAGCUCGACAUCCUCGAGACGCUCGUGGGCGCGGACCCGACGCACGGCAUCUCGGAGGUGUACUCGCUGAAGGGCGCGACGGGCACGGGGGGCGCGGCGUUCUUUGCGCGCCCGACGGGGGAUAAGGUCACGUAUGGGGUCGUGUUUGAUGUGCAGACGGACAGUAUUGCGAUUCAGCGGUUGACGAAGUGGGAUUAUGGCGUGAAGACGGUGGGGCGGGAUGUGAUUGAUGGGUAUUUGAACGCGCCGGCGAUGGAGGUGUCGUUUGCGACGGGGGCGCGGAAGAGGAGCGAGCUGCAGAAGGCGCGUGGGGUGGUAGGUGGUCAUCGCCGCCGCCAUGGGUUUUAGAGUGGUGCGCUGUGGUCGGUACUGCAAUCCUACUACGUGCCUUUUAAAUGGAUG